CCUAGAGUCAGCCACGGGAAGCAGAGACCCCAAGGCACAGGAGAGGAGGUGAGGAGGGGAGAGUGGGCCAGGGAGGCAGCUGGGUGGAAGAAGACGAGCCAAAAGGAGCAGCUCCAAGGGUGAGAUCUGUCAAUCCCUCCGUAAACCCUUGUUGUAAGGCAACACUCCAGUGUCUCUCCCUGAGGAGAGGCCUCGGUUUGCACAUCUGUAGCUUUCUGGUCCUAAGACCACCAGUACACACAGAGCUCUUGGGGGCCCGGGUGACCGAGGUGACGCCAUGUGGCAGCUGCUGAUGUCUCUGGCCCUGUGGCUGGGCGCGGUGGGCUUGGGCAGAGCCGAGCUCACGGUGGCGCAGCAGCGGGGCCUGCAGGUGGCCCUGGAAGAAUUUCACAAGCACCCGCCCGUUCAGUGGGCCUUCAAGAAGACCAGUAUGGACAAUGCCACGGAAACGCCCUUCCCUGCAGGGACCUUUGUGAGGCUGGAAUUUAAGCUCCAGCAGACGAGCUGCCGGAAGAAGGACUGGAAAAAAGCGGAGUGCAAAAUCAAGCCCAACGGGAGGAAGCGGAAAUGCCUGGCCUGCAUCAAACUGAACGCUGCAGAUAAGGUCCUUGGCCGGAUGGUCCACUGCCCCAUACACACACAGGCUCACCGGGAGGCUGAGGAGCAGGAGGAGACUCAGUGUGACAGGGUGGCGCGCGCCGGCGAGGACCCCCACAGCUACUACUUCCCAGGACAGUUUGCCUUCUUCAAGGCCCUGCCCCCCAGCUGAGGCCUGACGAAUUUUGUCCCGCUUCCCGGACAGCUGCAGGAGGUAACCAGUGACAGACCGACCCGCCGUCCCUGAGCCCAGGGAGGACAAUCCCAUUAUCCCCGAGCUAAUAAACCGCUCUCCCAGA